AAGAACCAUGCAUCAUUUGGAUUUCUCUUGAAAAAAUUUAAGUGACAAGACCCUGAACCUGAUCAUAUUAAAAAUAUUCAAGGCAACAACUUCUUCAGGGUUUUUCUCUGUGGUGAAAAUUCUAUUAUUCCUUUUAAGCCAAAUAAGAUAGACAGAGCAGGUGAAAGCAAGCCUAGAAAUUAUGGAACCAAGAGACUUACCUUUAACAGUUUUGCUAAUAUGAGAAACUAGGUCAGGCCAUUGCAUCACAGGCCAAGCCAUAUUUAAUUUAUCUUUCACAUUUAGCCAAACUCUCUCAGAUAAAGGACAAUAAAAAAACAAAUGGGAAUGGUUCUCAGUAUGAUAUUGGCACAAAUGACAAGUAGCAACAGGGGAAAUGCCAAAAAACUUAAGUCUAUCCCCAGUGUCAGGUCUAUUUUGAAUGGCCAGCCAAGUAAUAAAACUUGCCUUAGGGAUAGACACAACAUUCCAUAACAAAUCAGACCAAAGGACCUUAUCAAAAGAGAGCCUCCAAGCAUUCCAAACAGAUUUGAUAGAAAAUUCCCCAUUAGAAGAUGACCCAAAUAAGCUUAUCAGGCCCACUGCCAGGGAUAAGAGUAUGAGGAGUGGACUGAAUUAGCUCACAGAUAUCCGUUGUAAGGAAAAAAGGCCACUUCCAAGAGAGAUUGGAAAUAAUCCUACUAACCUUAGACUCCCUAUUAAAAGAAGAAUUAUACAUGAUCCUAUCUCCAAAUUUAGCCCAAAGAGAGCCAAGGGGGUGCCAAUUGUCAUACCAAAGGAAAAUCCUCUGACCAUCCUCAACAAUAUACUUCAUGUGAGGAUAAAUAAUAGGUCUAAGCCCUAAGAUUUUCCUCCAAACCCAAGAGGAGUCUGAUGGCACUUUGAUUUGCCAGAAACUUUUACCCUUUAACAAAUAAGAUUUGACCCAUUGAUACCACAUAGAUUACUCACCCCCAGAAAACAAGAACUAGACACGCUUAGCAAUAAUAGCCCUAUUCCACACAUCCAUAGAUUUGAGACCUAAGCCCCCCUCCUUCUUAGGGAAACAAACCUUAUCCUAAGAGACCCUAGCCCUAUGCUUCUUAAGAUCACUCCCAGACCAAAGAAAGGAUCUAAAUAGACUCUCAAUCUCUUUCACAACCUUUUUGGGAAGUAUAAAGAGAGAGGCCCAAUAGACUUGCAUAGAGAAAAGGAUGGAUUAGAUCAGUUGCAAUCUACCAGCAUAUGAGAGACAUUUGUUGGUCCAGCUCUUAAUCCGUUUAGUAAUUCUCUCAACAAGUUGCUUACAAUCACAGGUCUUAAGCUCAGACGCAAUGAGGGGGACCCCAAGGUAUCUAACAGGAAUGAAACCCUUAAGGAAUUGCAAAAUAUUCAUAAUAUCAUCCCUUAAGUUCUUCUCACACCCAAAGAAGAAGACAUGGUUCUUGUUGGGGCUAGGAGAGAGACCCGAGAGGGCUUGGAAUUCGACAAGGCCCUCCUUAAUAGCCCGGACAGUGAAGGUAUCCCCCUUACAGAAGGUCAUAAGAUCAUUUGCAAAACAGAGGUUAACAAUUUUAGUCUUUGCACACCUCCAAUGAAAUUUAAAGCAAGGGUGAGAAGACUUUUCAUGCAUGAUCCUAGAGAGGAUUUCCAUAGCUAACACAAAAAGGCAGGGGACAUAAGAACCCCUUGUCUAAGACCCUAGCCCCUUUAAAAUAUCCCUGCAGACUCCCAUUGAUACAGAUGGAAAAAAAAAGGGCUAGUCAUACAAGCCCGGAUCCAGUGGAUAAAGCAAGGAGGGAAACACAUAGCCCUCAGGACAUCAAUCAUGGAAUCCCACCUCACAUUCUCAUAAGCCCUUCAUGAUAUCCACUUUCAUGGUACACUUAGGAGUAGAAGAAUUCUUAUGUAACCUCUCAUCAAGAAUUCCUAUGAAAGAUUCAAGAAUUUCUGUAGAACAAUGGCGAGAAGAAAAAGUAAACAAAGGAAAAUUCCAUUAAAAGACUUCAAAAGUUUACAGGGAUCAAUAUGAAAUUACAAGGUUUAAAAAAACUCCUAAGAUGAACUACUCGUAUCUUAACUAAUCUAUGGUAAGUUGAUUUGCUGGUUGUUGAUGAUUUCCUCUUCUUCUGCCUUCCAUUGCUUUUAUAAUACUAUGCCUCUCUUCAGCCAUUAGAUCUCUGCAUAAUGAGGUGUCCAUUUUUGUUCAAAGUUCCACUGGAUCUCCCAACAGAAAAACUGGACAGAGGAUCCAGUUACCAAAAAUAAUACUACUUAUAUAUGACUUUAACCAUAUGACUCCUAUUUUGAGGCGUUUUUCAAAUUUGUCGUUGUCGUCGUCGACCAUUGGUUAUUGGAAUUCCACCAUAAGAGAAGCUGUAAACCAAGGUCAGGCUCUCAAGGCACUUGUUCUCUUCCGCCAAAUGAAGCUCAACAACAACAACGGUUUACAACCAAUCCAUCUGAUUUUUCCCUUGUUAGCAAAAGCCUGUGGGAAGUUGUCCAGUCUCCGCUACUCCCAAGUCUUUCACACCCAUGUCUUGAAAUCACCAUUUCACUCCGAUAUGUACGUGCAGACUUCGUUAGUUGACAUGUAUGUUAAAUGCAACCGCUUAGAUUAUGCUUAUAACCUGUUCGAGAGAAUGUCUGAGAGGGAUGUUACUUCCUGGAAUGCAAUGCUUGUUGGGUUUGCUCAACUGGGUCUUGUUGAUAAGUUUGCUAUUCUUUUCUAUCAAAUGAUGAGACUCGAUCAUGGGAUUCGCCCUGAUUCAGUCACCGUUAUGGGGUUGACACGGUUGAGUUCCGUUACCAAGGAUCUCAAGUUGGUAAAUGCCAUUCAUUGUUUUGGAAUUCGGAUUGGGGUUGAAACUGAUGUUUCAGUUGCUAACACUUGGAUUGCUGCAUAUUCCAAAUGUGGUGGUGAAUUGGGCUUGUACAUGGCGGAAGUGGUAUUUGGUGAUAUUGAUGAUGGUUUGAGGACCGUGGUUUCAUGGAAUUCUAUGCUUUCAGGAUAUUCCUAUCUUGUGGAUUCGCUCAAGGCAAUUUGCUUGUAUAAAUGCAUGCUUUCUGAUGGAUUCAGGCCCGAUGUGAGCACCAUUCUUAGCUUGCUUUCUUCAUGUGUGAAAACAGAAUCAUUAUAUCGGGGUAAAUCGAUCCAUUGUCAUGGUAUUCAAGUAGGGUGUGAUUUGAAUGUUUCUGUACUUAAUACCCUUAUUUCCAUGUACUCCAAGUGUGGAGAUAUUGAUUCUGCACGAUAUGUAUUUGAUAGCAUGAUGGACAGAGAUAGAACUUGUGUUUCAUGGACUGCCAUUAUUGGUGGGUAUGCCGAGAAAGGUGAUUUGGAAGAGGCAUUGGCAUUGUUCCACUCUAUGCAAGCAGCUGGUCAGACACCUGAUUGUGUCACUUUGCUUUAUAUCAUCUCAAGUUGUGGCCAAACAGGAGCACUUGAGACUGGAAGAUGGAUUGACAAUUAUGCCAUGUCAAAUGGGUUGAAAAAUAAUGUUAUGGUGUGCAAUGCAUUGAUAGAUAUGUAUGCAAAAUGUGGAAGUAUAAGAGAUGCUCGGGAACUGUUUUGUAUCAUGCCAGAGAGAACCAUUGUCUCUUGGACAACUAUGAUUGCGGGUUGUGCUCUAAAUGGAGAAUUUAAGGAAGCUUUGGACCUUUUCAGUGUGAUGUUGGACUUGGGACUGAAACCAAAUCAUAUAACGUUCCUUGCUGUUCUUCAGGCUUGCACUCAUGCUGGUUUGCUUGAUAAAGGAAGGGAGUGUUUUGAUCUGAUGACUAAAGUGCAUAAAAUACAUCCCGAAUUAGAUCACCAUUCCUGCAUGGUUGAUCUUCUUGGACGCAGAGGAAAGCUAAAAGAAGCGUUGGAGUUUAUUCAGAAAAUGAAUGUCAAACCUGAUGCUGGAAUCUGGGGUGCAUUGCUUGCGGCUUGCAAGAAUCACAACAACAUAGAGAUGGGUGAGUAUGCAGCCCACCGCCUUUUUGAUCUGGAACCCCAGGCUGCAGCUCCGUAUGUAGAAAUGGCUAAUAUAUAUGCAUCAGCAGGAUACUGCCUAUGUAAUGGACUACCACAAUCACAAUCACAAUCAUAA